CACGACUUGACCCUCAUGAAAAGCAGGACCGUUGUUACGCUCACAAGAUGGAAGGCUCAAAACGUUGGUAUUUCUGUAGUGAGGAUUUUGUAGACAUUCUAGACUAUAUCAAUCCCGCCCAAUUGUCUAGAUUUGCCUGGAUCGACUGACUUGGCUGAGAAGCAGAGCCAGUGAAACCGAUAUAGGCUGCGCCAUAGCUGGUUCGGGAUAUCAUCGUGCUACAAAUUGACCACUUGGCAUCGCCCAGCAGGGUCAACAGCGAAGUCAUGUCUCUCAUCCUGGCGGUCAACGCCGGCUCUUCUUCCCUCAAAAUAUCUCUUUUCCAACGGCAGGUGAACGACCCGCCGCGCCUUGUUCUGACGUCAUCGACAUCAUCAAUCUCGUCGCCUCCAGCCAAGUUCACCUUCAAAAUUGUGGACGUUCCAGGGUCGGAGUUGACGAACUCUGGCCACAAGGAAUCUGCGGAGGCGGACCUCCGAGACCACGAAUCCGCAUUUGGGCACUUCAUAGAUAAACUCGCUCGGUACGCCGAGGAUCUCAAGCAAGCCACGCAAGCAGUGGGCAAGGACAGAGUCAAUCUCGAGCUUGGGCAGAUCCGUAAUGUAUGUCACCGUGUCGUCCAUGGGGGCAACUACGUCGAGCCAGUCGUCAUCACGGAACAAACUUACCACCAUAUCGAACGCUUGUCGGAUCUUGCACCGCUACAUAACGGUGCAGCUCUCCGGGUGAUCCAUGCAGCCAUUACGGUCCUCCCGAACUCACGAUCGAUCGCCUUCUUCGAUACAGCGUUCCACAAGCAUCUACCUCCCCAUGUAGCUGCGUAUGCGAUCGAUCAGAAUGUUGCAAGGAAGCGGGGUUUGAGAAAGUAUGGGUUCCAUGGGCUGAGCUAUGCAUUUAUCACGCGAUCUGUCGCUCAGUAUCUCGGAGAGGAUCCUACCAAGCUCAACAUUAUCGCACUGCAUAUCGGAUCCGGGGCGUCCGCGUGUGCAAUUCGUGGUGGCAAAUCGACUGAUACGUCGAUGGGGCUCACGCCACUGAGCGGUCUCCCUGGCGCGACGCGUGCAGGAGAUAUCGACCCUAGUUUGAUAUUCCACUACACAAGUCAGUCACCGCUAGAUGUGAAAGAGAACGGUGGAGAAAUCUUGAGUCAUAAGGAGGGCGUAGCAACGGAGGUCCAUAUCAGUGACGCGGAGAGGAUUUUGAACACGCAGAUGGGAUGGAAAGCUUUGGCAGGUACGACCGAUUUCGGGGAGAUCGUUCGUAAAGCGUUCCCUCGGUCAGCUCUCGAGAAAUCAGACGACGACAAGUACAAGCUCGCGUUCAACCUCCUUCUAGAUCGCAUCCUGCACUUUGUCGGCGCGUACUAUCUUGCGCUGCGUGGCGAUAUCCACGCGCUCGUCUUUGCUGGGGGCGUUGGCGAACAUAGUGUCGAGUUGAGAAGCAAGGUGGGCGAGGCUGUGAGAUGUCUGGGCUUUGUUGCCUUGGACGAAGGGGCAAAUAGAGGGGCGGACAGCAGGGAGGGUGUCGUUGUGGAUAUCGGAAAUGGUGGUCAGGCUGGAAAGAAGGUCCUAGUGUGUCGGACGGACGAACAGGGGGAGAUGGCAAGAGAAUGUUCGAUCAUCGAGGGGUUUUGGUGAGAAGAUAGUUUUUUUGUACUUGAAGUAUGUGCUGCGAGCGG